CGGAUACCAAAGAUUAUGCAAAUUUUACACUUUUUCUUCUUACAAUAAUACCACAACCCAAGCAAAACUCACUCGCUAUAUUUUUCUCUCUUUUGCUUCAAUACUCUUCCAUGGCUUCUUCUUCUUCGUCUUCUACUCUAAUGAAGUAUCAUGUUUUCUUGAGCUUCAGAGGUGAAGACACGCGCCUUAAUUUCACCACUCACUUACUUCAAGCUUUGAAAGACGAGGGACUUGAUGUUUUCUUCGAUGAAGAAAAAUUGGAAAAAGGGGAGCAGCUUUCACAAGCACUUUCUCGAGCAAUUGCAGUCUCAAGUAUCUCAAUCAUCGUUUUGUCUGCAGACUAUGCCUCUUCGAAAUCAUGCUUGCUUGAACUCUCUGACAUCAUGGACCGCUAUAGCGUCGAACAACAAAUUGUUCUUCCCAUCUUUUACCAUGUUAACCCCUCUGAUGUGGAGAAUAUUGAUGGGAGUUUUAAGAAAUCCUUUGAUGAGCAUGAAACAAGGAGGCCAGUCGAUGAAGUGAAACAAUGGAAAACUGCUUUUGCUGAAGUUGGUAAAUUACAAGGGUGGCAUAUAGAUGGAAGCAUCUCGGAUAGACCUGAAACCCAGUACAUCAAGGAUAUUGUUGCGUAUGUUAUGCAAAAGUUGAUGAAGCAUCAAGUUUUCUUAAGCUUAGGUGAAGACACACGCCUCAACUUCUCCAAUCACCUAGUCAAUGCUUUGGAAAAAGUAGGAAUUAAUGUCUUCCCCGAUAACGAAACACUGAAAAAAGGAGAGAAACUUCCACCAACGUAUUCUCGAGCAAUUUCGGCCUCAAAUCUCUCAAUCCUCGUUUUAUCUAAAGCCUAUGCUUCUUCAAAAUCAUGCUUAGGUGAACUUUCUGACAUCAUGGAUCGCAAGCACAAUCCCACUGACAAACAUAUUGUUCUUCCCGUCUUUUACCAUGUUGAUCCUUCCGAUGUGCGAAAUAGUGGUGGGCAUUUUAAGACAUCCUUCGAAGUGCAUGAAUCAGAGCAACCAGCUGAUAGAGUACAAAAAUGGAAAACUGCUUUUGAAGAGGUCGGUAAAUUAAAAGGGUGGCAUAUAGAAGGAGGCAAAUUUGACAGACCUGAAACCCAGUACAUCAAGGAUAUUGUUGCGUAUGUUAUGCAAAAGUUGAUGAAGCAUCAAGUUUUCUUAAGCUUAGGUGAAGACACAUGCCUCAACUUUUCCAGUCACCUAGUCAAUGGUUUGGAAAAAGUAGGAAUUAAUGUCUUCCCCGAUAACGAAACACUGAAAAAGGGAGAGAAACUUCGAUCAACAUAUUCUCGAACAAUUUCGGCCUCAAAUCUCUCAAUCCUCGUUUUAUCUAAAGCCUAUGCUUCUUCAGAAUCAUGCUUAGAUCAACUUUCUGACAUCAUGGAUCGCAAGCACAAUCCCACUGACAAACAUAUUGUUCUUCCCGUCUUUUACCAUGUUGAUCCUUCCGAUGUGCGACAUAGUGGUGGGCAUUUUAAGACAUCCUUCGAAGAGCAUGAAUCAAAGCAACCAGCUGAAAGAGUACAACAAUGGAAAACUGCUUUUGCAGAGGUCGGUAAAUUAAAAGGGUGGCAUAUAGAAGGAGGCAAAUUUGACAGACCUGAAACCGCGUACAUUAAAGAUGUUGUCGAAUAUGUUAUAAAAAAGUUGACGAAUAUUGGGUUUGAAAGUGCUUCUGAAGAAUUGGUUGGAAUAGAUGAUCAGAAAAGGACGAUUUUGAAGCUGAUUAAGAAAAAAGACUGUCGUGUAAUAGGACUUUGGGGAAUGGGUGGUCAAGGCAAAACAACCCUUGCCGAGGCUGUAUAUAAAAAAAUCUCUUUAGAGUUUGAAAGUUGUUGCUUUCUUCAUAAUGUUAGAGAGGAAAUAGAAAAACAGGGGAAGAAAUCUUUACGAAAUGAACUUCUUUCGAAAUUAUUGAACUCAAAUGUUGAUAUAGACACCCCCUCUAUAGGAUCCACUUUAACUCAACAGAGGCUCAACAAUAAGAAAGUACUUGUUGUCCUUGAUGAUAUUAGUGACCCAAACCAAAUAGACUGUAUGGGUGUUAAACAUUUGGGCUCUGGAAGUAAAAUCAUUAUAACAUCUAGAGAGAAACAAGUGCUUAAGAGUGGAGGAGCUGACACAAUACAUGAGGUGAAGGCAUUAAAUAAGAAUGAUUCUCUUCAACUUUUUUCUACCUUUGCAUUUAAGCAGUUGAAUCCCGCAGUUGGUUUUCAAGAUCUGUCAUGCAAGUUUCUGGAGUACGCCCAAGGCAAUCCACUUGCUCUUAGAGUUUUGGGGUGUAAUUUAUAUGAAAGGACUAUAAAUGAUUGGGAAAGUGAGAUGGAGAAGCUAAGGGAAUAUUCCCACCCAGAAAUUUUUGUGGUUUUGAAAAGUAGUUAUGAUAGGCUAGGUAUGGUAGAGAAGAAUAUAUUUCUUGACAUUGCAUGCUUCUUCAAAGGGGAACCCAUAAAAAGAAUAAAACAUGUUCUAAGUUGUUAUCGAGGGGUAGAGGAUGGAAUAAGCAAAUUGGUCAGCAAGUGCCUAAUUAAUAUCUCACCUUCAUCUUCUACUCAUAAUGAAGAUAUAAUAUGUAUGCAUGAUAUGCUUGAAGAGUUGGGAAAAGAUAUUAUUCGCCAAAAAUCUAAAACCCCUGGAAAGUGCAGGAGGCUAUGGAGUCAUGAACACAUUAAACGAGUGCUCAAAUAUAAUCAAGGGACGGAUCGAAUUCAAGGAAUGAAGUUAAACAUGUCACAUAUGGAUAAACUACUAUUACGCCCUUUUGUGUUUGAAAACAUGACUAAUCUUAAAUAUAUCAUCUUCUAUUCUCCUAAGAGUUCGGAAUGUGGAAAUGAUAAGAAACUAUAUACAAAUCAAGUUGAUAUUGUACCUCUUCCUGAUGAACUAAGGUAUCUUCGAUGGGAUGAUUACCCCUGUAAAUCUUUAUCAUCAAGUUUUGAUCCAGAAUACCUUGUAGUAUUGAAAUUACCACAUGGAGACAUGGAACAACUUUGGGAUGGACAUCGGAACCUUGCUAAUUUAAGGGAAAUUGACGUUUCAUAUUGCAAGAAUUUAAGGAAGAUGCCUAGUCUUUCAAGAGCCAUUAACCUUGAACUCCUUCGUUGCAUUGGCUGUGAAAGUUUGGUUGAACUUUGGAAUGAAGAUAAUCAUACAGAGCUUGUUAAUUUAAGGGAAAUUUACGUUGCAGAAUGCAAUAAUUUAAGGAAGAUAUGUAAUCUUUCGAGAGCCAUCAACCUUGAAUCCCUGGAUUGCACUGACUGUCAAAGUUUGGUUGAACUUGGGAAUGAAGGUGAUCGUACGGAUUUCGCUAAUUUAAGGCAAAUUGACUUCAAUGGGUGCGUGAGCUUAAGGAAAAUACCUAAUCUUUCAAUAGCCAUCAACCUUGAAUACCUUGAUUGCUCUAACUGUAAAAGUUUGGUUGAACUUUGGAAUGGAGAUGAUUGUAUGGACCUUGAUAAUUUAACGGUAAUUAACGUUUCAAAUUGUAGUAAUUUAAGAAAGAUGCCUGAUCUUUCAAGAGCCAUCAACCUUCAAUUCCUUGAUUGCACUAACUGUAAAAGUCUGGUUGAACUUCCUUGCCUCGAUCAGUUGGCAUCUCUUAGUGAGUGGUGUCUUCAUCUUAACGGAUGUCAUAGUCUUAAGAAGUUUCCUCAGGUCCCACGUCACUUUUGUUCUUUAGAUUUGUCAGAAACCGAAAUAGAAGAAGUGCCUGAUUCAAUCAAGGAUGUCCACAAACUUGAAACUUUGUGGUUGGGGAAGUCAAAGGUAAAAAAUGUAUCCAUCAAUAUUUUAAAGCUGGAAUUCCUUCGUAAAUUGGAUCUUAGUGAUUGCCCAAUUGAAGAAGUGUCGUUGCCUUUCGAUCCCCUAUGUAAUCUUCAGCACUUAAAUAUGAGUGGCUCAGCGGUCAAAAAUGUAUCGAUCAAGUUGGAAUCCCUUCGCAAACUGAAUCUUAAUGGUUGCCCAAAGGUCGAAGUACUCUCAGAGCUUCCACCGUAUCUGAAAGUCUUGAGUGCAAAUGACUGCACAUCAUUAGAAAAAGUAUCCUUUGCAGAUCAAAAUUUAUAUCAGUUUGAUUCUUUGGUUGAUGAGUUUUGCAGAGAUCAUAACUUAUUGAUGCGAUUCUGUAAUUGCUUCAACUUGAAUCAAGAGUCAACUAAAAACAUUGAGGCAAAUGCCAUGCUCAAAAUUGGUUCCCUAGCUAAGGAAUGGGCAGCGACAUAUGGUAGGAAAUACUUUCGUGAUAACCUUCGAAGUUUGAUUUGCUGUUUCCCAGGAAACGAAAUUUCAGCAAAUAAGUUCAAGUAUCGGAGCUUGAAUUCAUCCUUAAGUUUGAAGAUAUCCAAAAAUGGGGGUAGUGGGAGCAGAUUUUUGGUUUUUGCUAUCUGCCUUGUGGCUAACCUCGCUCGCCGCCAUGACGUUUUACUUCGAUAUAUUUGUGAGUACCAACUUACAGCUGCCGGUGGCGGCAAUGGUGGAGAUGGUUGUGAAAAUUUCAGAAGUGAGAUAUCUCACUUCAGUCUUGAUGAGCCAGAUAAGUACAUGGAUUAUCACGUGUUUAUUCUAUCUAGCAUCGACAUGGUUAUAGAAGACAAGAAUUAUGAGGAGGCAUCAUUCAAAUUCUACAUCAGACUUUUGGAUUUAGGAAGAGGAGGAGAAGAGUAUAUCAAGGUGGAGAGAUGUGGUGUUCAUGUAUUUUACGUGGAUAAAAAGAGUGAUUCAGAUGCUACUGAAAAGAGAGUUGCUGGGAACAAUAGAAGCUCUAGCCAUGAUGGUGAAGAAGGGGAUUGAGGACUUAAAAGAUUGAAAUAGUUUGUAUUUCUUUCCAUUUUUGGCUCUGCUUUUGAGGAGUUUCAUCCAAAUGCAUAGGACCAGUGGUGAACUCGAUUCAGCUUCAUUGUUUAGUUUCCAGCAUUGGUGUCAUCUGGUAUCUCAAUACUUGCUGCAUUUUCCUUCAAUGAUAUCUAGAUCCAUUAGAAAGAUUGGUUAUUUGUGCCACUCUUGAAUUGGAGCUUUAGCCAUAUAAGGAGGAGCACCUGAACUGUAAGAGCUUCAAUUUGUUUUGCUGAAUGCUUGCUUUUUACAAGUGUUUGAACUGAUAUUUGUUGACAAUGCAAGUUGUCAACAGAUUUGUGAACACAACUUCAAGGUAAUCUUUUGAGGCCCUUUCUGGGUUCUGGCAAUUCAGUCUUGGUGAAGAAAAUUUGCAAGAGAUCUCAAAACUUGUGGGAUGAACACGUGGAGCUAGAUGCAACCUUCGGCAGUUUUCAUUCUCAAGCUAGAUUGGGUUAGUUCCAUGGUAGAGCCAUUGGAGUUGAUAGCUUCUUACCUUGGAUUUUGAUUGUCGUAUCAGUUUGGGCAGAAAGUCCUUUGAUCUGUGGUGGACAUCGUUCAGCUUACUUGUUUAGGUUCCACCGUUGGUUCUCAUGCCAUGGGCAGUAAGUAGAUAUUAAAUCAUAUUGUAUCUCAAUAUUAUGGUAAAAUAAAAUAAAUAUAAAAUCCAUUCUCUUUUCUUUGCGAUA